CGUGACCGCAAUCGACUUCUUGGUUUGUGGCCACGAGGUUUGGGUUAAGUAAAAUAAUUGGUGUUUUUUUUUUUUACAAUUAAUAUAUUUUAAAAAAAUCAUACUUUCUCGAGAAAAUGCCAUCAAGUAACCCUUUACCUCCAAAAGAAAAUGCCCUCUUUAAAAGAAUUUUGCGGUGUUAUGAACAUAAACUGUAUAAGAAUGGGUUGAAGUUUGCAAAACAAAUCUUGUCAAAUCCAAAAUACGCCGAACAUGGAGAAACGCUGGCGAUGAAAGGAUUGACAUUAAAUUGUCUUGGUAGAAAAGAAGAGGCAUAUGAAUAUGUACGUCGAGGUUUGAGAAAUGACUUAAAAUCUCAUGUAUGUUGGCAUGUUUACGGGCUUCUUCAACGAUCAGAUAAAAAGUACGAUGAAGCUAUUAAAUGUUAUAGAAAUGCGUUAAAAUGGGAAAAAGACAAUAUACAAAUUUUAAGAGAUUUAUCUCUUUUACAAAUUCAAAUGAGGGACAUGGAAGGUUAUAAGGAUACUCGCUAUCAAUUAUUUAUGUUAAGACCUACACAACGAGCAUCAUGGAUUGGUUUUGCAAUGUCGUAUCACUUAUUAAAAGAUUAUGAAACCGCUUUAAGUAUAUUGCAUACUUUCUUAAAUAAUCAACCUAAAGGAUCAGACGAUUACGAACAUAGCGAAUUAUUAUUAUAUCAAAAUAUGGUAAUCCAAGAAUCAGGAAAAUUAGAAAGUGCAUUAGCUCAUUUGGAGAAAAACGAAGAUAGCAUUUUAGAUAAAUUAGCAGUGAACGAAAUUUAUGGUGAACUACAUUUAAAAUUAAAAAAAUUUGAAGAAGCUGUUAUUAUAUAUAAUGCAUUAAUACGUCGUAAUCCCGAAAACACACUUUAUUAUCACAAACUAAUUGAAGCGAAACAAUUAACUACAGCUGCAGAUCAAAUUAAAUUAUUUUUAGAAUAUCAAAAUAAGUAUCCAAGGGCAAUGCCACCAAGAAGACUUCCAUUAAAUAUAGCUAGUGGGGAUGACUUUAAGAAAUUUGUUGAUGAAUAUUUACGAAAAGGUUUACACAAAGGUGUACCACCAUUAUUUGUCGAUUUACGUUCAUUGUACAAUGAUAAGAAAAAAGUUCAAAUUAUUGAGAGUUUGUGUUUGCAAUAUGUAGAUGCGUUAAAAGAUGUUGGUAAAUUUUGUAAAUCGGAUGCAGAUGGUAAAGAGCCAGCAUCAGCACUUUUAUGGACAUACUAUUAUUUGGCACAGCAUUACGAUCAUCUACAGCAAACUCAAAAAUCAUUGGAAUAUAUCGAUGCUGCUAUUGAUCAUACACCUACCUUAAUUGAAUUAUUCGUUACCAAAGGAAGAAUUUAUAAGCAUGCUGGAAAUGUAACAGAAGCAUACAAAUGGUUGGAUGAAGGACAAUCAUUAGACACAGCAGAUCGAUAUAUAAAUUCUAAGUGUGCGAAAUACAUGUUACGAGCAAAUCUAAUAAAAGAAGCUGAAGAAACAUGUGCAAAAUUUACACGUGAAGGUGUAUCAGCAAUGGAAAAUUUAAAUGAAAUGCAAUGUAUGUGGUUCCAAACAGAAUGUGCUCAAGCAUAUCAACGACUUGAAAAAUGGGGCGAUGCAUUAAAAAAAUGUCAUGAAAUUGAUAGACAUUUUUCGGAAAUUAUUGAAGAUCAAUUCGAUUUCCAUACAUAUUGUAUGCGAAAAAUGACAUUGAGAUCAUACGUGGGGUUAUUACGUUUAGAAGAUGUUCUACGUGGACAUCCGUUUUAUUUCCGUGCCGCAAAAUGCGCUAUUGAGGUGUAUUUACGAUUGCAUGAUAAGCCGCUCAAAGAUGAAGCUACUGAAGAAGAAUUAAAUACUGAAAAUUUGCCACCAUCUGAAUUGAAAAAACUACGUAAUAAACAACGAAAAGCAAGAAGAAAAGCUGAAAUUGAAAAAGAACAAGCUGCGCAGGCGCAGGUUAAACGUGAACAACAUAAUAAAUCACGACAAACAACAGACGCGGAGCCUGAUGCUCCUCAAUUAGACGAAUUAAUUCCAGAAAAAUUGUGUAGAGUCGAAGAUCCUUUAGAACAAGCAAUAAAAUUUUUAACUCCCUUAAAAACAUUAGCAUCGAAUAGAAUAGAAACUCAUUUAAUGGGUUUUGAAAUAUAUUAUAGAAAAGAAAAAAUUUUACUUAUGUUACAAUCAAUAAAACGAGCGUUCCGAAUUGAUCCGAAUAAUCCGAAAUUGCAUUCAUGUUUAAUACGUUAUCAUCAAUACAUUGAAAAAGUAAAAGAUUCAAUCGAUCCAGCUAUACAAGAAGUAAUCACCAAAGAAGUUCAAAUAAUGUUUAAUGGUAAAACGGCUGUGGAAUUAAAUAGUAACUAUCUUGAUACCCAUCGAAACUGUUUAACAGCAUUGUUAGAUGGAGCGAAAAUGUUAUAUUUUUUAAAUCCAUCUAAUCAAGAAAAAGCUUUAAAUAUAGUAACAGCAUUAGGUGACAAUAUUCAAAAUAUUAAUUUAAAGACUUGUGUGGAGGUAUUUCAAUCCUUGCAGAAUGGUGAUUUUGGACAAUGCCCAAAUAAAAUUGAAGAAUUCAAAACAAAAUGCAAUGCAUUAUUUCCCCAUGCGGCUGUAUUCCAAAAUAACAAGAGCAUAAAUCAAUCUGGAAAUAAUCAAAAACAACAACAGCAGCAACAGCAAUCGCAAGAAUCAAAAACUAAAAGCAUUACUACCAACUGAUAUAUAAAAUGUACACAGUUAAUAAUUAAAUAAUCUGCCCCCAGAAACUAUAAUAAUAAUAAUAAUAAUAUUAUUGAUGAUUGAUGAUUCUUUAUAAAAUACAAAAAAAAAAUUGUCCCUAUUGACAUUUUAAUAAAAUGAGUUAGUUCAUAACGAAUACAUUAAGAUCGA